UUUAUCUUUUUAGAUUAUUUUGCAUGGCUUCAAUAUUUGAAAUAGACCCUGAAUUAGAAAAGGAGUAUUUUAAAGAAUACGAGUCUGAUGAAAAUGAAAAAAAAAUGAAAAAGUCUAAAAAACCUAAAAAAUUGAAGAAUACGAUCAUUAAAAAUAAUAUUGAUUCAAGUGGAAUCCUCGAUAAAGAAACAAUUGAAAACCAAUCAAUGAAAGAUUUGAAUGCUUCUGAGCUUUCCAACAAAAAUAUGGUUGAUGUUAAGAUUAAGACUCAAAAAACUGAUUUGAAUGAUAAUACAUUGGGCCAUGAAGAUGCUGCCAUUAAAGAUAAGGAUAAGAAACCCAAAAAGAAGGCCAAAAAAGAUGACAAAAAAGAGUCUUCAAAGAAAGCUGAUGCAGGAGACAAGAAAAAAUUAAAUAAAGCUCAAUUGACGAUAUUGAAGGAAGCCCUAAGAAAAAAGGAGCAAGAAGAAACCCAAUUCAUCCAACAAGAGGAAGAACGUGUCCGUAGGGAGGAGGAAGCUGAAGAAAAACGUCUGGAAAAGAUACAUUUGGAGGAGGAACGAAAAUUGAAAAAGAGGCAAAAGGAAAAGGAGCGCAAAGAUCGGCUCAAACAAGAAGGGAAACUUUUGACGAAAGCUCAAAAGCAAUCCAAAAUGAGGGCCGAGGCAAUGCUCCAAGCGUUACGGGAACAAGGCAUAGAACUACCUGCCACUAAAACCAGCAACACGGAUUUUGCUAACGACCAGGUCAUCAAACCAAAGCGGAUCAUAUAUGUCGACAAAAAAAGGAGUAAGAAGAACCUUACACUCCUGGUUUCUUCUAAAGUUCUCAAUCCAAAUGCCGUAGAAUCUAAUAAUAUUCAGGAUGAAUCAGGUGAUCCGUCUCCUCCGCCUAAGGAAGACUAUUUACAGCAUUCUGGUUCUUCGGACGAGGGAGGUGAUCUGGACGAAAGUGAUCUUGAGGAUAUCAAAGGAGAGUGGGACGCUAGCUCUGCCAUUUCCACCUCAGAUUCCGACUCCUUAUCUAAUGCAUCGUCCUUCACCGAUCUUCAUUUGGAACCAGAGAAUGUCGAAAAUUAUCAGGUGAGCCUCGAUACUGACAAUCAUAUUCUAACUACUACAAUUGAAACGCAUCACAAAAUACCCCAACAAUCACUCGAGGAAAAGGUUCGAAGUAGAAUUGAAGCUCGAAGAGUCAAGGCGGAACUCGAAAUAACCCUGGAAAAUUUGAGGGCGCCCGUCAUAUGCAUCAUGGGUCACGUGGAUACUGGCAAAACCAAAAUCCUUGAUAAUUUGCGCAAGACACACGUUCAAGAAAACGAGGCCGGUGGAAUAACCCAACAAAUAGGGGCCACUAACGUUCCCAAGCAGGCUAUCAUCGAGCAGAUCAAAUUCGUUAAAGGGUUCUGCGAAGCCGACCUGAAAAUACCUGGCCUCUUGAUAAUCGAUACACCGGGUCAUGAGUCCUUCAAAAAUUUGCGAAAUCGCGGCUCUUCGCUUUGCAAUAUAGGGAUUCUAGUGGUCGAUAUCAUGCACGGAAUGGAGCCUCAAACUUUGGAGUCGCUCAAAACUAUGUUGGACAAAAAAAUACCGUUUGUCAUUGCUCUCAAUAAGAUCGAUCGGCUCCACCAAUGGAAAAGUUACCCACAAGCCGAUAUCGAGGAUACUCUCAAGCGUCAAGCCCCCAACGUUUCCAUGGAAUUUAACGACCGCCUUAAAUCCAUAACCGUUCAAUUUGCCGAACAAUGCGUUAACGUAGCCCUCUUUUACGCUAACCCCGACCCUACCGAAUUCGUGUCCAUGAUACCCACUUCGGCCCACACAGGUGAAGGCAUGGGCAACUUGAUUUAUUCGCUUACGCAAUUGGCUCAUGGGCAGAUAGUAGAACAUUUGCGGUUCUCCCCCGAUCUUUUGGAGUGUUCGGUCCUAGAGGUUAAAGAAUUACUCGGUAUGGGUACAACCCUAGACGUUAUAUUAGUUAACGGCUGUUUAAAAGAAGGCGACAAUUUGGUGUUGGCCGGCUUUGAUGGAGCAAUUUGCACCCAGGUUAGGGGACUCCUGAUGCCACAACCUCUAAAAGAUUUGAGGGUCAAAAAUCAAUAUGAGAAGUAUAAAGUCGUGAACGCGGCGAUGGGGGUUAAAGUUAUAGGUAAGGAUCUGGAAAAUGCUCUGCCCGGAUUUCCUAUCUUCUUAGCUCACAAUCAUGACGAAAUCGAAUUUCUUAAACAAGACAUGAAUGCUUUGAUAGAAGAUACCCUUCAAUCAAUAAAACUUUCUGAAAUCGGGGUUUACGUGCAGGCUUCAACUAUCGGGUCUCUGGAAGCCUUGUUAGAAUUUUUAAAAAUCUCCAAAAUUCCGUACGCGGGUAUCAACAUCGGUCCGGUUCACAAGAAAGACGUAAUGAGAGCUGCCGCUAUGUUGGACCACAACGUUCAAUACGCCGCCAUCUUAGCGUUCGACAUAAAGAUUGAUAAAGACGCGCAGGAGAUGGCUGAUUCAUUACGGAUCAAAAUUUUCUCGGCCGAUAUUAUUUAUCACCUUUUCGACGAAUUUACACGAUUUCAAGAAGAAUAUAGGCGAUCGCAAAAGGAUAAGCACAAGGACUCGGUCGUCUUUCCGUGCAAGCUCGUCAUACUUCCUCAAUUCAUAUUUAAAACUCGUGACCCAAUCAUAGUGGGCGUCAACGUGGUCGCCGGUGAGCUCAGAAUCGGAACUCCCUUGUGCGUUCCUUCUAAAGAGGCCUUGUACAUAGGUAAUGUGUCGAGCAUAGAAUUCAAUCACAAAAACAUGGACGCCGCAAAAAAAGGGCAGGAAGUGUGCAUCAAAAUCGAUAAUCCUUCCGGCGAAACUCCCAAAUUGUACGGACGCCAUUUCGACCACGAGGACGCAUUGAUAUCCAGGAUAAAUCGCAACUCAAUCGAUACGCUCAAAGAAUAUUAUAGAGACGAAAUGCAAAAAAGUGAUUGGCAGUUAGUCGUAGAAUUGAAAAAACUUUUACAAAUUAUAUGAAAGACAGAAAGAACACAUUCACAACAACAACAACAAAAAAUAAACAAAUUCUAAUUUUAAAAAAAAAUUAUAUUGUUACAAAAAUAUCAUUAUAAAACUGUUGAGUUAUAUUGUUUUAAAUUUUUAUUACCUUUCAAAA